CCGUUACGUAGCUCCAACACUCAAACUCUGACUUGUCCUCGUUGCCCGAACAAACAGUAUACCGGCAACUGGGCCCAUCGUAACCUGCUUCGACACUUGGAGAAUAAACAUAGUGAUCUUGAAUUCCCAAAUGGCGUAAAACAUAUCCGCUGCAACCAGGAGGGAUGCGACUCCGUUUUCGGACGUAAUGAUGCCCGCCUCGUUCAUGAGAGGAGAAGCCAUCCAGAACUGGAUACGCCGCCGCCCAAAAAGCGGAAGAGGACCGAUGAGGACUGA